AUGAAGUCGGCGCUGACGGCCGGCCUCGUUGCCACCCUCCUGUUUCCCAGAUCCGCCCUUGCUGGAGAGGACAAGUGCUCCAAGGCGGUGUAUGGCUCCAACCGCGUCACCUGCAACAUCGAGGUUGCCGAGACCAACGUACACACUGUUCCUCAGGAGCGUGGUCACCGCAAGUCUAAGUCUCGCGACGAUGACUUCGGUCAGGUCGAGGUGUGGCGCACAGUCAAGACAUACACGUGGUCCUUCCUCUGGAACUACGUCAUGACCGACGACUGUCCCAAAACCACGGCCCAACUGGCGGCGAUCCUGCCGGUGCUCGGCAGCACGCAGCACGCAGUGAGCUGCCGGGUUCAAGUCAGAUGGGGCCUCAACAAGGCCAGCCAAGGGAACUCGUCAUGGGAUUUCGCCGGCUCCGCUCAAAUUGCCGCCAAAGACUUGCCGGUCAAGAUGGAGUGGCCGCUGCCCGCGAGCUACGAUCGCCCUGAGGGCCUCGCUUCUGCGAAGGAGUGGGGCGUCAAGUACGAGUCGGCGAACAGUGGUGCCUUGAACACGCUUUCGGUCAACGGGGGUUCGCAUCGUGACUUUUCUCAGUCUUGGGCCCGUCCCGACAAGGAGGGCAAGGAGGGCAAGGAGGGCAAGGAGGGCAAGGAGGGCAAGAAGGACAAGGCGGACAAGAAGGGCAAGAAGGGCCAGCAGGAGCAAAACCACAACGGAGGCACCAGCACCAUCAGGGCCUACACGCGUGCUGGCGGCCAUUACAACACCAAGAGCCUGUAUUCCUGCUGGGUCUCUGAGGGUCACCUCCGCAAAAUUCGCACCGAGAUCACUCCUGGACGGACGUCGAAUCUUCUGAACGGUCAACAAGGUUUCGACGAGAACAACUCGCACCAGGAGCUCAAUUAUCCGGUUUAUCCCUACCAUGAGCACGCUUGGGCUUCGUGCGAGCCCCAGGUCCCUGCGCAUUGUGGCGAGGAUUGCGAGGGUCCGGCUUGUGAGUCGGGCAACAAGGCUGAGGAUCACUGCCAAGGUGACGACUGCGCUGGGCGCCAGGAGGAUGAGGAUGAUUGCCAUGACGGACACUGCAGCGGCAGACAGCACGAUCAUGACGACAACAAGGAUGAUGAGUGCCAUGGCGGAAACUGCGUAUCUGAUCGUUGCCACCAAGGGUCUUGCGUCCACAAGCACGAGGUUGCCGAGGCGUGCUACAGCCGCAUCUGUGGUCACCGGGGCGCGGCAGCGCACAGUUGCCACAAGGACUCGUUCGGCGACGACAACAAGUCUGACGACGGCAAGUCUGACGACGGCAAGUCUGACGACGGCAAGUCUGGCGACGGCAAGUCUGGCGACGGCAAGUCUGGUGACGGCUUGGAUGAUGCCUGCGAGGACCACUGCAGUGACGACGAUGGCAAAUCGGAUGGUCACUGCGAUGAUGAUGAUGAUGGCUGCGAGGUGAUUUGCGGAAGAUCUUGUUAG